AUGUCAUUCAGAGCAACCAUUACAAAUAUUGAAAAACAUACUCUGUGGUAUCGUACAAUCUAUAUCUUAUCCACCAUUAAUGAUGAAAUAAAACUAUCCAUUACCAAUGCCGGGCUUUUAGCAUGGACAAUGAAUGAAACAGAGACAUCUCUGAGCCAAAUCUUCUUUUCAAGGAGCUUCUUUGAUCAAUUUGAAUAUAAACCACAUGAUAUCGUUUUUGGAGAGGAUGGUGUCCAAGUUCAUAAAGAUUUUCGGGGUAUUGAUCAGAAACUAUAUUCCUUUCAAAUGAAUGCCAAGCAUUUAACAACAAUAUCAAAAAAACCUGAGAACGAUACCGUUAAGUCAUUUACCAUUGUUUUAAACAAUACAGCCACAUGUCCUGAAACUUUGACGAAUCGAUUAUUAAUACAGAUCGAAAUGGAAUCACUAAUUUUGAAAGAAUAUGCACCACUAUUUACACCUAUUAAGUUUGAUCCUAUUAUUAUUGAUUUGAAAUACAAACGUAAGUUCCUUGACGUCUUUGGGACAGCAGCUGAAUCACCUAACCCUGACCAACCCUUAGACCCGCGCCUUUUAGAUGUUUAUAAGAGGACAGAGCAAGAAUUAGAGAGAUCCCUAUUCAAUGAUGAGGUAGAGUCUAGCAUCCGACAAAAGGAUAAGCUUACCAUGGCUGAUGAAAUCAACUAUAUUUGUUGCAACCAGAUUCUCUUACGGAAUAUUAUCGAGAAUUAUAAUUCCUCUGUAACAACAGAAAUAAAACUUGACAUCGGUGCUCAUAAAUUGAAUAUAACUGCAUUUACAAAAGCGAUUUUUGGUGAACACGAUAUUUUGGUAAAGAAUGCCAUGAGUAUCUGCAACACAAUAAAUACCUCAGACCUGGAACAUUAUUGUUUAUUUACUAGUGUUGAUGAGACCCAACUAGCCAACGCCAACAUUAAAAAGAAUGACUACACUAAAAGCAUCAUUUUCAAGCUCAAGGAUCUCAGAAACUUUAUGAAUAUUGGGUCAUCACUAAAGGUGAACCCAAGCGAUGACGAUGUAAUAAGUAUAUGGUUCUGUAAACCUGGUGAUCCAAUUUUAAUUGAAACAAACAGGAUGGGCGUUCGAAUGCAGUUAGUCCAAAUCACUGACAGUGUGACAAAUACUGAAUACCCCGUAGAUGGAACGAAAAGGAUAACAUCACCCAUCAAACAAGCAAGGUUGCAGCAGGAAGAGGCUGUAUUUCCAGAAAAGGCAAAAAAAUAUAGCCCUUCCAGAUCCAAAAGAUAUGCGAAUAGGAGUGAAGCUUCUCCUCAAAAGGAUAAUAGGAGGCAACUAUUUGUUGAGGCUGAUUCACAAGUCGAGAAAUCAUCUAAUAAUAUUUUCGCACCAGUAUAUGAACAUAUGGAUACCUACGAAGAAAAUAAAUUACCUAUUUUCAACAACCCAGAGGAUCCUUCUAUUGCUCGAGUUAACAUUUCCAGGAAAAGAAUAAGCUCUCAAGAAGAUGGAAAUUCCGAUGUUUUCCAUAAUAAGUUUGCUAAAGACGUUUCUGAUAAUGCUGCAAACCGAAGCAAUACAACUAUUGGUUGGGGGAAGAACCAACUAGAUCACUUAGCGUACGUUAAGGAUGGAACUAGAAACACUAUAGAUAGUGAUAGUCUUUUGAGAAGAGAAAAGCAGAAAUUGCUUCCACAGGAAAAUUAUGACACCGAUGAACAUCCAGAUAGACGGGAACAAAUUCAUGAUAAAUCUCAAGAGCAAAGUGAAUUUGGACCAACUCAAGAAAAAAGACCCAAGGGUUUGUUUGACUAA